AUGAAAAGCAGGCAUGAAAUUAAAAAGGUAGCUAACAUCCUCAAGCUAGGUUUUCACCCUGAUACAAUAACAAUUAAUACACUUAUCAGAGGUCUCUGUAACAGUGGCAAGAUUAACAAAGCACUUCACUUUCACGACGAUGUUAUAGCCAACGGGUUUCAACUUGAUCAUGUUAGUUAUGGGACGUUGAUCGACGGUUUAUGUAAAAUAGGAGAAACAAAAGCUGCUUUGCAAGUUCUUAAGAAGAUUGAAGGGUCGUCGGUUAAGUCUGACGUGAUAAUGUACAGCACAAUCAUUGAUAGUUUCGGAAAGGAUAAACUUGUGAAUGAUGCUUUUGAUUUAUAUUCUGAAAUGAUUGUCAAAGGAAUUUCUCCUAAUGUUAUCACUUAUAAUACUUUAGUGAAUACCCUCUGCAUUGUCGGUCAAUUGAAAGAAGCAGUUGGUUUGUUAAAUGAAAUGUCCUUGAAAAGUAUUAGCCCGAAUGUUCGUACUUUUAAUACACUUAUUGAUGGUUUUUGUAAGGAAGGAGAGGUGGAAAAAAACAGAAGUGUGGUGGCUGUUAUGAUUAAACAAGGCGUAAAACCUAAUGUUAUUACUUAUAAUUCUUUGAUGGAUGGAUAUUUCUUGGUUAAAGAAGUGAACACGGCUAAACACAUAUUCAACUCUUUUGUUCGAAGAGGAGUGGAACCUAAUACUCAGAGUUACAAUGUCAUGAUUGAUGGAUUAUGUAAGAGUAGAAUGGUGGAUGAAGCUGUAAAUCUCUUCAAAGAAAUGCAUUUGAAAAACAUGGCUCCUGAUACUAUAACAUACAAUUCCCUUAUUGAUGGACUUUGUAAAUCGGGGAGAAUCUCUGAUGUUUGGGAUCUCAUAGAUGAGAUGCAUGACAGAGGUCAACCUGCUAAUGUGAUCACUUAUAAUUCUUUAUUGGAUGCUUUGUUUAAAAACCAUAAGGUUGAGGAGGCAAUUUCAUUAUUAAAGAAGAUCAAAGACCAAGGGAUUCUUCCGGACAAGUAUACAUACACUGUACUUGUUGAUGGACUAUGCAAAAAUGGAAGACUUCAGGAUGCACAAAAGGUUUUUCGCGAGCUUCUGAUUAAGGGCUAUCGUUUAGAUGCUAAAAUGUAUACUGUGAUGGUUAAUGGACUCUGUAAAGAGCGCUUGUUUGAUGAAGCAUUUUCCUUAUUGUCACUAAUGGAAGACAACAAUUGCACACCUGAUGUUGUAACUUACGAAAUUCUUGUUCGUGCUUUGUCUGAAAAUGGAAAGAAUGAUAAGGCGGUGAAACUUCUUCGUGAAAUGAUUGCUAAAGGUCUACUACAAGAGUAAAGCUAGGGGAGAUGCUUUUUCUUAUUUAGAAUUUUAAAACAACCAUCAAAUUCUCCGGAUCACCGACAGCUCUAAUCAAAGGCGUGUCUGGUGUGUGACACCAACACACGUGGUUACGUUCAAUUUAUUUAUAUGUCUUUUAAUAUUCAAUAAGUCAGACAAUUAUUGUUUUAUACAAUUCUUGCCAAUUAUGAUCACAGGUGGAUAUAUGGAUGAAUCCUUGGCCUGUUUCUGAAACUAAUGGUGUGCCUGUAUUUUGUGUAACAGUUUCAUUAAUUAAGGCUUACUAGUGAUUGGUUUUGCUUUGAAAUUUUAUGAAUAUAGAUAG